AAAACAAUCAGUAACAAGAUGAAAACUCGACUUGUGUCGCUGACAUAUCGCGGCAGUGCAUCCGUCGAUCCCCGCUACUCGGCGUCCAUGCUGCCAUGGACCAUCAACGAUAUUCGAUCAACCGAGAGCUAUACAAAGCUUUCAGUUGGCGUUGAGCAUGGCAUAUUAGAGUCCUACAAUUCGGACUUUGAGCUGCAAUUUAGUCAUCCGCUCAAGCACAUCGUGGGCAUGUGCCGCAUCAUCCACAAACCGCAGGCGAAGAGCAUCGGCAACGGUUUCAUGCAGCUCAAAUCAAAUGCUGUGCAGGCCAAUUGUUCAACCGCCGCCGCCGCCGCAUCUGUCUGCAACUCAUCCUCAACAACUGCCACUGGUGCUGCUAGUGCUGCUGCUAGCAACUCAUUGUCCGUAAAUGGGUCGCGUCAUGGUCUGACCACAUCUACAUCCUAUGGUUCGCUCUCGUCCAGCGCUGCAGCCGCUUAUCAGCUGCAACAGCAGCAGCAGCAACAGCAGCUGCAGGCCGCAGCCGAUGCAGAGCAACCACAAAACUUUAUGGAAUUUCAAGGCCCCAUCACUGGACUCGUGUAUCUACUAAAAGAUCCCAAGGAUCCGCUGCUGCACAUUUAUCUAUUCGAAUGCGACACCGUCGAAGAGAUGGCGGAGCUGAUGCAACAGAUGCGGGAUCCGGCACAUACGCUGGGCGGCUCUGUGGGCAGCAUACCACAGACACUGAUUGCAGGGGGCAAUGGUGGCGGUCAUGGCACACUGAAUGGCAUACAUGCCACACCGGCAACAAAUUUGAAGAUGAGCGAAGCGCUUAGGAAUGCCCAGCACGAUGCUAGUCCCAAUAUUGUGAGCUCCAAGAUGAAGGCAUCCAAGUCGUAUACGCACGGUUUGAGCAGCUCGUCGGGCACUGUGAACAUUCCCACGUCAACAUCGGCGCAGAGUAAUCUGUCGCUGCUGACGGACAUUUCACCAAAUCACACCCACUUCUUUGAGGUUAUGUAUGUGGGCAAGAUACGUGUCUCGCAGAAGCGGGUGCCCAACACCUUCAUUGACGAUGCCCUGCCCAAGUUCAAGGCCUACGAUGAGCAACGUUUGCGGCUCUUCCAGAAUCGUAAGAUGUCCCUGAGCAGCGAGGGUGGUGUUGGCAUUGUGGCCAAGAGUGCCGGCAGCACUCUCAAGAGCCAAGAAGUCAAAGAAGUGGAUGAGGAGGAUCAGGAGUCCCAGUCCAUGCCGCAAGAGGAGCACCAAUUGAUGGGCGCCGAAUCGGAUGCCAUACCACAACCACAAAUCGAAGAGAACAAGGAGAACAAAUCGCCAGCUAAACGCGUUCUGCUGCGCGGCCAAAGCCACGCGGAGCUGGGCGAAAAGAUCAGCUCGGAGGAUAGUCAGCAACUGGAGGCGCCCAACGUUAUUGUAAACAAACAACCAACGCCACCAAGAGAGGAGAGCGAGCCAGCUGCCACAUCAUCAAAUGCAAAUCCAAAUGCAAAUGCAACUGCAACUGCAACGGCUCCAGCAGUGGAGAACCUACCCAAGCUAAGGGAUCGCUCCGCCUCGCAGGGCUGUAUACCGCCGUUUGUGGAACAGAAUCGCACUAUGGUCUUCCUGGUUGGACGAAGCGAUUUGAGGCUGAUCUCGCCGGAUCGCAAACAGUUGCUACUGUAUAAGGAUUUCAAGGAUGUGGCCAGCUGUGUGCACGGCCAGAAGUCACUGGAUCACUUCGGCAUCAUCUGUCGCGAACUGAACAACGAGGGCUACAUUGGCUACGUGUUCAAGUGCCAGUCGGAGCACGUCUGCGAUGAUAUUGUGGCGGCAAUUGUGCAGGCAUUCGAUACCUGUGCCGAGCAGAAAAAGAAACAGGAGACACAAAUCAUCAGCUGCGAGCAUUGCCCUAUGCUCUGGUACCACAAGUUGUGCACGGACGUGGAAGGUCUAUCGGAGAAGAAGACACAAUCAAUGAUCUAUCGUCGCAUCGCCACGCUGAGCGAAGACGAACAGGAAAUGGUGAAGGCCAAAUACUAUGGCUCCGAGAAGACCAACUCAUCGGUCGAGGAGCAGAAUCAGUUUCUUAUGAUGCUGUUGCGCGCUCACUGCGAGUCCAGGCAGCAGCGACAUGUCCACGACACCGCCGAGAACCGGUCUGAGUUUCUCAAUCAAAUAUUGGGUGGCAGCACCAUUUUCACGAAGGCGAAACGCUCACUGACCAAUUCCUUUGAUAAUCUGAUCAAGCGCAAGCCGUCUACGGUUGAUAUUACUGUGCAGCCGCACAAUCUGCGGGAGAUACGCGAGGGCUCCGCUGAACCACUGGGCACCCAGUCACCCCCCGAGGGAUUCCGUUCGCGCUCGAAUACGGUAGGCGCAAGUCCCAGCAACAAGCCAAGCGCCGAUCAGCUCAAGAGCCCCAUGAUGGACAUCUUUAUUAAAGUGGGCAACAGUCCGAAGGAGGCGGAAACACAUCAGGGCUCCUGGCGACAAGCCAUACUUAACAGUGUGGUGACGCCAUCCAAGGGUUUGGACAGUGAGGCGCCCACCGAAUUUCUAUCGCCCAUGCGCAAGCCUGCCAAGCGUGGCAAGAGAGAUGCCGCCGAGCUGCGUGAGCUGUGGCGCACUGCAAUACGACAGACGAUCAUGCUGAAUCGCAUGGAGACGGAGAAUGCCAUGCUGCAGGCGCGUCAGAACGAGAACGAGCUGAAACGCAUCAAGUUGGAUUACGAGGAGAUAGUGCCGUGCGACAAGCAGCUGAUCGAGCGCUGGGAGCAAAUCAUUGAGCGGAACUCAAUGCAGAUUGGCAACAAGAAGGAUCCCAAGGUGCUGCGCCAUGCUAUACGCACUGGAGUGCCGCGCUCCAAGCGUGGUGAUGUCUGGACCUUCCUCGCCGAGCAGCACUCGAUGAAUAUGGCGCCUGUGGAUACGAAACGUUUCCCCAACUUCAAUACACCGUAUCAUACGCUGCUCAAGCAAUUAACCGAGCAUCAGCAUGCGAUAUUUAUUGACUUGGGUCGCACCUUUCCCAAUCAUCAGUUCUACAAGGAUCCACUUGGACUGGGUCAGCUAUCGCUGUUCAAUCUGCUGAAGGCCUACUCCAUACUUGACCCAGAGCUGGGCUACUGCCAGGGUCUGGGCUUCAUUUGUGGCGUGCUCCUCUUACAUUGCGACGAGGCCAGCGCGUUUCAGCUGUUGAAGCACCUAAUGUUCUGCCGCAAUAUGCGCACCAAAUACCUGCCGGACAUGAAGAAGUUUCAGCUGCAGUUGUAUCAGCUGUCGCGUCUUGUUAAGGAUCAUCUGCCCGAUUUGUAUGUGUGGUUGGAUCAGAACGAUGUUUCGCCCACUUUGUAUGCCGCACCCUGGAUCCUGACCGUAUUCAGUUCACAGUUCCCAUUGGGUUUUGUGGCGCGCAUUUUUGACCUGGUCUUUCUGGAGUCCUCGGAUGUUAUCUUUAAGUUUGCCAUUGCUAUGCUGUCGGUGCACAAGCAACAGCUGCUGGCGCGCGAUAACUUUGAGGAAAUCAUGGACUACUUGAAGUCGGUGGUGCCGAAAAUGGAGUCGCACAGCAUGGAGCAAAUAAUGAAACUAGUCUUCACGCUGGACAUUGGCAAGCAGCUGGCCGAAUACAAUGUGGAAUACAAUGUGCUCCAGGAGGAGAUAUCCACGACGAAUCAUCAUCUGGAAAUGUUAAACAGAGAAAGGGCGCAGAAUCAGCAUCUGGAGCAGCAGCUGCAGUUCGCUCAAUCGUCCAUUGCGCAGCUGGAAACAACGCGCUCGUCGCAGCAAACGCAAAUCACAACGCUGCAAUCACAGGUGCAAUCGUUGGAGCUGACUAUACAAACGCUCGGACGUUAUAUUGGUCAAUUGGUUGAGCACAAUCCAGAUCUGGAGCUGCCCAGCGAGGUGCGGCGCAUGCUGCAGCAGCUGGAUGAUUUGGAUCGACAGCGACGCAAGCCAAUAUUUGCCGAGCGUAAAAUUAACAAAUCAAUUUCAGUCAACAGUCACUUGGGGUUUCCACUCAAGGUGGUCGAAGAGCUGAGCGAAAGAGACGAACCUGGUUCGCCACAAAAGCAGAGGAAGGAGAAGACACCUUUUUUUGAGCAACUGCGCCAGCAGCAACAGCAUCUGCAGCAGCAGCGCAAUCAUAGCCAAAAUGGCCAUAACGAGCCACUUAUUGUCUUACCAACACCACCAACACGUCCCAAUCGGCUGCUGGACAAUGCCAGUGCACGCAGCGUCAUGCAAACAAAGCUGGACGAGCUGAAGCUGCCGGAGCAUGUCGAUAAGUUUGUGGCGAAUAUCAAGAGUCCACUGGAGGUUGAUUCUGGAGUUGGCACGCCGCUCAGUCCGCCAAGUACCGCUAGCAGCAACAGCACCAGCAGCAGUCAGAGCACCACAGGCAGUAUAUUCAGCCGCAUGGGCUAUAAGACGACACCCUCGGCCCUGUCCCCGAUGACCAUGCGUCAUAGUUGCAGUGGUGCCAUUGGCAGUACAACAGCGCCCACAACGGUACCGCACGAACAAACCAAACCGAUCGCAAUGGCUGCCAUCGAGCUCAUCGAUGCUGUAGGUCAACAGGACCAACAGGAGCCGGAGCCGGGCAUGCAUCCACUUAGCAUGGUUGGCGGCGAUGUCCAAUGUCGUUUCAAUGGUACCACACAGCUCAAGUCAAUACGGCCCGUUCAUCAUAUGCGAGCGAUUACCUUGUCCGGCUUGCCGGCACAUAAUGUGGAUCAAACGGUUGAACUUGCGCCACCUGCUGCGGCCACCGGUCGCAGCUAACGGUUUUGAUUCAUCGGCAGGCUGAUGCGCAGCCUCUAUCGGGAGCGCAUGCCUGAGCAGCCUGAGCAGGGCUAAACGCUUACCAGUACACCUCAGUUGCGGCUAAGAUGCAAAAAUACAAAUAUAAAUGCUACAAAUUUCAUUAUUUUGCAUGUUGCGCACAAAUUGUUGCCCUACAUACAUAAACGUUAUAUAUACAGACCCCAAAUAUAAAUAUAUAUAUAUAU